AUGGGUUUCGGAGUAUCCCGACUUCGGCCAGAUGAGACAGCCAAGGGCCAGCUUUGCAAAGUGUAUCAUGCAUGGGCCAGCGAUCCAGUGGUGUAUGUGUGGUCUGGACAGGGUUUUGCAUGUUAUAUUCCCAUUUCUGCCUCUCGGCUCCAUCAUUAUCGUCUUUUCCGGUCAUGUCGGGGUCGACACAGUCCAGUUCCCGAAACACUUGUGCUAUACGUUUGGCGGCCAGAUGGUCCGGGCCGACUCGAUAUCGUCCAAAUUUAUCGUGAUUCUUCUUCCCUCCUCUUUGCUCCAAUGCCGCCUCCCGACCGUUCACUUGAGGGUGGCCUUUGUGCGCGCACACAAUGCAGCAAAACGUUAUCUAACCGCCCCCUGAGAAGACUGAAAGCCAUCAAAAUCUUUUUCAUGACUAUUAGCGGGUCAAUUUGUCCAGAUGAAGGCCUAUUUCAUUAUGCAAGUUGA